AUGGAUGAUCCAGAUCUUCAAGUAGGGGAUACUAUUUCUCCCACCCUCAUAAACGCAAUUAAAGAGUCCAGGUUUGCAAUCGUAGUUCUCUCCCAAAAUUAUGCUUCUUCUACUUGGUGUUUGGAGGAACAUGGAGAGAUUUGUCUAUCCAUGGAAGACAACAGAAUUUUGCCACUUUUUUAUCAAGUUGAUCCUACUGAUGUUCGAUAUCAGAAGAUGAGUUUCAAAGAUGCUUUCUCUAAGCACGAAUCCUCUAAGCGACAAAAAUCAGACAAGGUGAAGCAAUGGAGAGCUGCCCUAAGCAAAGUGGCCAAUAUCUCUGGGUGGAAUACAAAUGAUUUUAAGACUCACAAAGAACUUGUUGAUGUCAUUGUGGAAUCUCUUCGCAGUAAAGUACCACCUGAUGCAAUUGAAGGAGACUUCCAAGCAUAUGAAGCAACAACACAAGCCAUGGAUGAUGUCAUGAAGGUGCUGACAGAUGACAAGAUCACUGUUGUUGGUGUCUACGGCAUGGGCGGCGUUGGAAAGACAAGCAUGGUGAGACAUGUAGCUGCACAAGCCUGUAAAAAUGGUUCUUUUAACCAUUGGAUUAUGGCAACCAUAUCCCAAAACCAUGACUUGAUAAAAAUUCAAGACACAUUUGCAGAGCUGUUGGGCUUCACGUUACAAGGGAAGACAGAAGAUGGAAGAGCCACUAGGUUGCAUAAGGAGAUAAUGAGAAGAGAAAAACUCCUUAUAAUCUUGGAUGAUGUUUGGGUGAGAACAGAGCUGUCAAAAAUAGGGAUUCCCAGCUAUAUGGAGCUUCAAAAGUGCAAAUCCAAAGUGCUACUCACCACAAGGAGAUUGAAUGUCUGUCAUGCCAUGAAGUGCCAUGAACAGAUCCGCCUCAACGUUCUCUCAGAUCAAGAUUCUUGGACCUUGUUUGUGAGAAAUGCAAGACGAUCUUUUGAAUUGCCCACUUUCGUGGAUGUAGCGAAGAAGGUAGCUGGAGAAUGCAAGGGUCUACCGAUUGCACUGGUAGCAGUUGCAAGGGCACUCGGAGAUAAGGAUCUGGCUGAAUGGGAAAAAGCAGCUCAACGACUAGAGAAGUCGCAAAGCGCCAACCCUGACCAUGCUGAAGAUACAUUUGAAUGCAUAAAAUUAAGCUACGACUACUUGAAAGAUGAGGAGUACAAGUCAUUCUUCUUACUGUGUUGUUUAUUCCCAGAAGAUCAUGAUAUCAAAAUAGAAGACUUGUUUAGGUAUGCAAUCGGGUUAGGAUUGUUUCAAGAUGCCGAGACAAUAUAUGAAGCCAGAGGAACAGCAUAUACAGUGGUCGAGCACUUGAAAGAUUCUAGCUUGCUCUUGGAAAGUGAUCUACCUGAUUAUCUACCAUAUAGAUGUGUAAGGAUGCAUGAUGUGGUUCGAGAUACCGCCCUGAAUAUUGCAAAAUUUGAAGAUAGGCUUCUGUUUUUGGUGAAAGCUGGAUGUGAUUUGGAUGAUUGGCCAUGUCGGUUACUUGUACACGAAGGCUACAUUGCUAUUUCACUAAUGCAUAAUCGUAUACACGAACUACCCCCACGGAUGGUAUGUCCAGAACUCCAGAUUUUGUCAUUGAACCAUAAUUCUUAUAUCAUAAAGAUCCCAGAAACCUUUUUCCAAAGUCCGAAUGAAAUAAGGGUCUUAGAUCUUAGCUGGACUCUUAUUUCAAUACUACCCCAAUCAUUCGGUCUCCUAACCAACCUUCGAGCCCUUUAUUUAGAUGGUUGUAAAUACCUAAUGGAUAUUUCCAUGGUGGGGAAACUUACGACGCUUGAGGUUCUUAGUGUGCAAGGCACUGGCUUUAAGGAAUUGGGGAGAGAAAUAGGAAAUAUGACCAAUCUGAGGGUGUUGGAUAUCGUGGGUGGAAGAAUUGUGAAGAUUCCAUCCAAACUGAUAUCAAGGUUGCAGUGUUUAGAAGAACUGUACUUGGAAUGUGAAUUUUGGGAGUGGGGGAGCAAGGUUGAUGACGAAGGGGAUGAAACCAAUGCUGACUUUGAUGAGGUAACUGGCUUGUCAAAAUUGAGAAUUAUGCAUGUUCAGAUCUCCAAUAAAGAAUGUAUCCCCAAACAUGUCGAGUUCAUUCCGAAUUGGGUCGAGUUUUUCAUACGUAUUGGCAGAGAUGAAUGUUGGCCACCCAUCAGUUAUGAGCCUUAUCAAUAUGGUCAUCCUCAGAGGACCGUAUCUUUGAUACUUGACUCCAUCAGUAACUUGCCGGACUGGUUUUUCAACGCGGUGAUGAACAAAGCAGAGAAGCUAGUGUGGUAUGAUUGCCCACGGACUGGUUUAAUUGACGUUGUUGUGGAAUAUGAGCGUGGGAGGUUACAUGCACUGAAGAAUCUCACUGUAUGGGGUACCUACAAUGACGACGAGCUGAUGAACACAUCAACAUGGGUUCCAAACCAACCUGUGUUUGAGAACUUGGAAGAGUUGAAGCUGGGGCACGUGGAGUUAUGUGCUGUUGAAUUUCUACCACCUGUGUCCAUAUGCCAUUUGAAGUGUUUGACGGUAGCAUCUUGUUACUACCAGGGGAAUGUGCUUUUUCCAUCAACAUUGUUAGAGAGACCCUCAAAUCUGGAAGAAUUAAUGUGUCAUGACAUGAACGAGAUUGAAUAUGUGUUUGGGUAUGAAGCGUUACUGGAGACAGAACAAUCAAAAUUGAGAAGGAUAGUGCUGGUUGAACUACAGAGAGUAAGAAGCUUAUGUGAGGGACCUGUUCCACCUGCAAUGUUUCAGAAUCUUCGAAAUUUGUCCAUUAGAGACUGCAAACAGUUGCAGGGAAGUCUCUUCACCUAUGAUGUUGCUCAGUGUCUUUCUCAGUUGAAUUUCUUAGAAUUACACCAAUGCCCCCUGUUGGAAAGGAUAGUUGAAGCAAGCGACAAGAAGAUCAUCCUUCCAAAAUUGGAGGAACUAAAUUUGUGGCGACUUCCAAUCUUGAACUACGACACCGCUACUUUUGAUAUGGAGUGUCCUUCAUUGGAGGUGUUGUAUCUGUGCCAGUGCCCUAAGUUUUCAGUCUCUGUUGGUGACUUCCACAGCACAAAACAAGUCGUCCUACUCCCAGCUGAUAAUUAG